UACUUCACACUUUUUCUCUGUUCUCUUGCCAAGAGAAGUCCGGCUGCAGAGAUGUAGCCGGUAGGAACUUUACCAAAAUGUAACAAUUUAAUUAUUUAGAUCAGUAAGAUGUUUUAUUUUCUUCUUUACAAUAAAUAUGAGUUUAAUUAGAAGAUGUAUUCCGGUUUUAUUUUUCAAAGGUAUACACAAGGAAAAUGCCACGAUCCAGGCAAUUACCCCAGAAAGGUAACGGGAUUGAUUGCCUCUGACAAUGGUAGCAGACGGACGGUUGAUUUAUGGCUUUUCUUUGCUUGUUACUUUGAUGAUUAGACCUCUAGGCUAGUUUAGCCAGAUGAUUAUUUUUGCGACUGCGAAACGCUGAUUAAUUGUCUGCUAAGAUGCCAAAAAAGAAGAAAAAAGAAAAAAUGAAAUUAAGACCACUCUUCGUAAAUGAUUUGAUUGAUUUCUCCAACAAAGAGGAGGCAGAAAGGAGGUUUUCAAGUUUCCAGCCGCUUGCCUCAGCCACCCGGCUAGAGGGAGCCGUGGGAGGAGAAGAAACGGACGAAAUGCUCUUACAAAGGCUUCAGAAGGAAGAUAAAGGCAGAGCUGCUUUUGAAGGUGUAUCCAUAAGUGGCAUAGAAGAUUGGGGCAUGCCAGUUUCCGUGUUCUUAGGAAGAUGCCGGAGUUCACAAAAGGUUAUGCAGAUCAAGCUACCUCUUGAGAUAAUAGAUUUUCCUAUUGAUGUAACGAAUUUGAUGCAAGCUGAACAGGUUGGAACAUUGGAACCUCGAGCUCCACCAGGCAGAGAAUUAACUCUUAAUGACAAUCAAAUUGUAUGGCACAGGAGCUUUAAUCAGGUGCUUCCUCUGUCUGUGUGCAAUGACCACUGCUAUCCAGGCUCCUGCAGAAAGAAGAAGGAAGGAGAGAAAUUUUGCUGCUAUGAUUGUGUGCAAUGUUCAGAAGGGCAGAUCUCUGAUGAAAUAGAUAUGGAUGCCUGCAUGAAAUGUCCAGAAAACGAAUAUCCCAACAAUAUCCAAAAUCAAUGUAUUCCCAAAGUGUUGGCCUAUCUCUCUUAUGACGAACCUUUAGGAAUCCUCUUUGUUACUUUGGCUAUUGUUUUCUCUUUGAUUACAAUCCUCGUGUUUGGACUAUUUUGGAAGCAUCGAGAGACUCCAAUUGUCAAAGCCAACAACUGGAGCCUCACUUGUACCCUCCUUUUCUCCCUUCUAUUCUGCUUCCUCUGCUCCUUCCUCUUCAUGGGAAAACCUGAAAAGAUGACCUGUCUUCUCCGACAAACAACUUUUGGCAUUAUCUUCUCAGUGGCCCUUUCGUCUAUAUUGGCAAAAACCAUGACUGUGAUUCUGGCAUUUAUGGUAACAAAACCAGGCUCUGGAAUGAGGAAAUGGGUAGGGAAAGGACUGGCCAAUUCUAUUGUCCUUUUGGGUUCCUUCAUCCAGGUGGGAAUUUGCACUGUUUGGCUGAGUACCUCUCCCCCUUUCCCAGAUACAGACCUGCACUCACUGAAGGGAGAAAUCAUAAUGGAAUGUAAUGAAGGCUCAGUGAUCAUGUUUUACUGUGUCCUGGGUUACAUGGGUUUCCUUGCUAGUGUCAGCUUUAACAUUGCUUUUCAAGCCAGAAAGCUUCCCAGCAGUUUCAAUGAGGCCAAGUUUAUCACUUUCAGCAUGUUGGUCUUUUGCAGCGUUUGGCUGACGUUUGUUCCAACCUACCUGAGCACCAAAGGGAAAUACAUGGUAGCUGUGGAGAUCUUCUCCAUCUUAUCCUCCAGUGCUGGUUUGCUGGGGUGUAUAUUUUUCCCCAAAUGCUAUAUCAUUUUACUGAGACCUGAGAUGAACAAGAAGGAAAAUUUAAUAAGGAAAGAAAUGUAAUUUUUUUUUUUUUUUUUUUUUGGUAUUUGGGUUCAAUGUAACAUUUUUAGAUUAUUUCUAAAGUGCUUUUUCUGGGAUUUUUUUUUCUGCAUUAAUUUAUUUUUAAGGAAUCUAGGAAGAUCGCCUGACUUUGUUAUACCUUCAUUCAUAUACAAAUCUUGAUAUGGAAAAAAGACAUUUUUAAAAAGAGAUUUGUUUCAAUAUCAAAGAAUGGAUAUGUCCUACCUAAUUUGAUUCGAAUGAUGAUUAAAUUUUUAUUAACAUAUGUCCAUAAAUUUCCCAAAUCUGAAAGAGUUGUCAUAUACAAUGUGGAAUUUUUCUGAUUUGUGGAUGGCCCUAUUGGAUAUUGAAGAAAAAGUUUAAUUUGGAGUAUAUUGGAGUUUUAUAUGAUUUUCAUACUGCUUCAUUAAUGGGAUAGUUUAUGGGCCUGGUUCCUUCUUAGGCUACAUAUUAAUGGGAAUAUCCAUGCCCUGAUUGCUGUAUAAUAUUCAAAUUUUCAAAUAAAUUCUCGGUUAAAUAAUAUGCUGCUUCAAAGUAGUCUCAACUACUUCUGUAUAUGCUUUGAGGUUUAAAAUAAUUAUGAGUUUAAAAACCUACUGGCAGCAUUCCAGAAAACGCCAACUCCGAGUAAAGACAUGG